GUACGCAGAGGAGUGUAAAAAUCAGAUAUUUUUAGUAUUGCUCUCUCUCCUAAUGUCUAGUGGUUGGCUGUGUCAAGUGACAAGGGUCCUAUGCAUUAAUUCAGCCUCAGAGUUCGGGUUAUGGGAGAGGACUCAUCUACUUGUUCGAGUGCUGUUCAAAGUCCAGCAAUGGUUUCCCACAAUUCAUCAUCUUCCCUUGAUGCUCUUAUUUCUCCAAGUACCAGUGCUAAUCCUGGUUCAUCAUUGUCUUUUAUGAAAGGGGUGCUACCAAAGUAUUUUAGCUCAGAAUGGUCAUUUGCCCAGUUUCACUUUCCAAAAUACACCGAAUUCAUUGCAGCAUUUGGAUCUCAGAACACUGUCAUUAUAGUUGGCAUGGAUAGGAGGUAUGAUUUUUUUUAUUUUUUUUAUGGGAGGAAUGAAAUUGUGUUCUUUCUUUUGUUUACUUACACUACUGUAAAUAUGUCGCUAGAAAAUGGCUCAAGUUAA